AUGCUGCAAACCACUGAGCCUUCUGCCAUUGGCUGGGUCCAACUGUCAGUUUGCCGGAAUCGGGCAUCUCCAUUGGCCAAGCCGGAGGAGCUAAAGGGCUCCGAAGCUGGGGUGCUGAGUGCCCAGGAGCGGGGGUCUGUCUGCAUUCCUUCCGCCUGUGUGCCCAGCCCCUCGCGCCCCGCUCUCGGGCAGCCCCGUGAGACAACUGCCGACGGCCAACGGCUCCCCGAGACAACAGCCGCCCCAGCUAGCCCCUUCACCUGCGGGUGCAGCUCCCCCAACGAGCCCCGUCCUGCCGCCAUGAGCGAGCUCAGCACCAACGAGUCUCCAAAAGCCAACCAGGCAUCCAGUCCAGAAGAAAAAGAGAAAACGGAUGCCAAGAAGGGGAAUGAGAACAUCAACCCAGAAGACUUUAACAUUGAUAUGACGGCACCUGAGACAGAGAGAGCUGCAAUUGCCAUCCAGGACAAGUUUCGGAGCUACCAGAAAAAAAAAAAAAGUUCCACCUAAGCUGCCAGCCCUGCCUUUGCCUAUUACCCCCUCCUCUACAGACCCUGAUCCCGUGUAUCCUGGUGUCUCUCUCCUGCUAACCUAUCUGUGAGGCAUAGCUGUCAACCCUUGUGAUGUCCCCUGUCCCCAUCCUCACGGUCAGUAGCAAAGAUGUAACGAACCUGGGGAAGCCAAUCUCUCCUGCGUGACUAGGGCUCCAUAGCAAGGACUGGUGCCCUGGACUAGCGGUGACUCCCAUGGAGGCAGGGCAGGAGGUGAUAGACCCUUGGACAGUUGAAACAGAGCAAGGGCUUCAGAGAAGGGUGUCUGGGGGCCGAGGGGGACACUUUCCCUUUUUAUCACAUGCUAAACUUAGCAUUUAGGUAUCAUGUAUUCUCUUACAGCUCUCUCUGUCCCUAUUCCCAAUUUCCUCUUGUGAGCUGAGCCACAGCAGGUGCUGGAGCCUCCCCUUUCCACAUCACCACUUCAAACUGAAGAGCUUCUCACAAUAGUGCAUGCUAGGUAGAGUAGAAUUUCAGGGGAGGAAGACUGGGAGUAGUAGAGGCAAAGGAUUUUUCUCCCAUUUCCCACUAUCUCCCUCAUCUUACCACUCUGCUAAGGCCAGGAAAAUGAGAAGGGAGUUGGACAAGCUCAAAGAUGAUGGGUGGGCAGGAAAACUGGGACUGAGACAGACUGAGGAUUAAAGGAUGUUGAGAGGCAGUAGUGAAAGAGAAGCAGCGAGGGUUUCCUGAAGCCUUGAGGUAAUGCCCAGGUGAGUGCCCUCUGUGAAAACUAUCCUAGGGCUCUGACUAGCCUCCCUGCUGGUAUGCUCUCCCUUUGGCCUCCUGGUAGUAGUGUCUUCGCCUUUCCCCCAAUCUCCCCCUGCCCCACUGUGGAGGCAGGACCGAACUAAACAGUCCUUCUCCCAAGGUUUUAGCAUGUUUAAUAAAAACCUCGAGUGA